AUGACUGGAAUCACUGCAAUGAUCAAAGCGGCCAUUCUAGUGCCGCAUAUGGAGGUUAACAGGAUGAAUUCUGCCCGUGUACUCCAAUGCUUAAGCGGAGAGAAGAGGUCCCUCGAAGCAUGGGAAGACCUUAGGGACUGGAUUGCCAAGUAUCCCUGCAGCUCAGCUAGUCCCACUUACGAAAAGAAAAUCUCAGAUCUCUCAAAGCUUCUUAGCAUGGUCGACCUUUAUCGGACCGAGCGGCUUAUAGAAGAUCUUAGGAGACUACACUCCUCUUACCCCACCAUAACCAAUCUGACUACCAAUGAGUCGCACGACAUGCACAUAAAAGACGUCAUCAAACGCCGCAUAAAUGAGAACCCGCACAAACUGCUCGCGUACGUCUGGGUACUCUACUCGGCUUUGUUUAACGGCGGCCGAUUUAUUCGCCAAGUGAUACUCAAAGCUGGACCCGAAUUUUGGGGUCUAACCACGGAUGAUGAAAUUCAAUCCUUUCCACCUCCUUUGUCCUUCUGGGCAGUUAAUAAUGACCCGGAGUUCCGCGAAACUUUUAAAUCUUGCGUGAACGAGGCCGGUGAACUUUUGACUUUGAAUGAAAGACAGGAUGAACUGACCGAGGAGCUUGAUGAACGAGCAAAAGUAUAUAGAGAUUCUUGA